AUGAAGUUCUUCACCUCCCUCCUGGCCGUCGCCGGCUCCGUCGCGCCUCUUUGCGCCGCCCUCCCCCAAGCCAGAGAGGCCAGCUGGCCCAACGGCCCGCUCGUGACGAACGGCCGCUGGGCCCAGGAUGCUGCCGGCAACCAUGUCCAAUUUGCCGGCACCAAUUGGCCCGGCCACGGUGAGGUCAUGGUCCCCGAGGGUCUGCAGUUCCUCUCUGUCGAGGGCGUUGUGUCCAAGAUCAAGAGCAUCGGCAUGAACGCCAUCCGCCUCACCUACGCCAUUGAGCUCGUUGACCAGAUCUACGCCAACGACGGCAAGGAUAUUGACUUGAAGACGGCCUUUGUCAAUGGUCUCGGCGAGACCAACGGCACUGCCAUCCUCGCCAAGGUCCUGGCCAACAACCCUUCCUUCACGGAGACGACCACCCGUCUGGAGGUCUACGACGCUAUUGCUGCUGAAUGCGCCAAGCAGGAGGUCUACAUCCUCCUCGACAACCACAUGUCUACCGGCAAGUGGUGCUGCUCUGGAGACGAUGGUAACACUUGGUGGGGAGACCGCGAGUUUGACCCCACCAAGUGGGUGCGCGGCCUGACCUACAUGGCCAACCAUGGCAAAUCGUGGACGGCCCUCGUCGCCAUGUCUCUCCGCAACGAGCCCCGCGAGGCCACAGACAACGCCGAGCUGGUUGCCGCCUCAUACAACUGGCAGGACUGGUACAAGUACGUCCAGGAGGGCACCCACGCCAUCAACGGCGCCAACCCGGCCGUCCUCAUCCUCCUCUCGGGCCUCAACUACGACACGACCGUCGCGCCAGCCUUCCGCGGCACGGCGCUGACGCCGGGCAACGGCACCUUCCAGCUCGCCGAUUUCCAGGGCUUCGCAGACAAGCUCGUGCUCGAGAUCCACAACUACGAGAAUUCCAUCGGCAGCUGCUCCAGCCUGAGCUACAACCUGUACACAAAGGGCUUCCAGGCCAUGAACAAGACGGACCCGGCGACGGUCAAUGUCUUCCCCGUGGCGCUGACCGAGUAUGGUUUCAACAUGAAUGACGACUCGUACCUCAGCACAUACUCGACGUGCCUGGCGUCGUACCUGCCCGAGGCCAAGGCCAGCUUCUUCAUCUGGGUCCUCGUGGGGAGCUACUACAUCCGCCAGGGAACGCAGAACUAUGAGGAGUCGUGGGGUUUGUUGACUGCGGACUGGUCUGACUGGAGAAAUCCCAACUAUGUCGAGGAGCAGCUGAAGCCCAUGGUUGCUGGCGUCAUUGGGUAG